AUGAAUUGGACUGGUGGUAAAAGAAACGCGAUAAAAGGAAAACAUGAAAAACAGAAACAACGAGAAUUCUUUAAUCGACAAAGACUACGAAAAGUUCGUGUUUUUCUAAACCCUGUGACAAGAAAAACGCGGGGACUGCCAAAUAUCGAUUUACUUUUUCAUCGUCGUGAUCAAAAUUCUACAUCAAAUGAUGAAGUGAAUAACAGCAAAAAUAACGACACUGACAAGAUCAACUUAAGUGUUGGUGAAGAUAAUAGUGACGGUGAAGAUGGAGAAACGGAUACACCCGUUGUUGAACAAAAAGAACAAUCUAUUAUUACAUAUGUUGGAUUGGAUUUUCGACUACGACGAGAAAGCGCUGAAAACUCUAAGAAAAUAUCAGAUAUCAAUGCGCGUAAGAAAAGUAUUUUAAAAGAUAUUGAUUGGGCCGGUAUUUCCUCUUCUUUGGUCAACAAACCCCAAUCAAGUGCACAAUUUAUGUCUAAUGGUGAUGAAUACGAUGACGACAAUGUUGAUACAGAACAAUCGGACAAAAAUGAAAUUGAAAUAAGCGACGAGAGUAGUUCUGUUAAUGAUGAUAUUCCUUCUACACAACUUGAAGAACCUGCAGAUUGGCCAAAUUUUACAAUUGCAGCACGUCCAAUUACCAUCGAGUCAUUGGAAUGGUAUAAAUUUCUAUCGAAUUCUCAAAAUCACAAAAAUCCUUUGGGUGAAGAAGAGAUAAAUGCUUAUCAUAAUAAAGACUCUCUCUCAUCGACAACGAUGCUGAUAGAAAAAAAUCAGAUAGAAUUAACAAAAGACUCUGAAUCGGUAUUGAAUUUGGCAUGGAAUAAAUUCCUUGAUGAACAGGAUAAUAACAAUGAAACACUUUCAACAGAUAAUGAGGAAAACAAAAAGCUUCAAAAUGAUUUUCAUGAUGACGACGUGUACGAUGAACGACAAUAUUUGAAUUCUUGUUCUAUUCAAGCCAAUUACAGUCCACAACUUAGUCUUAGAAGAACUAUUCCUACUACAAUAACAGAAAAUAUCGCCACCACUUAUAUCAACUAUAAUGAUGAACAUGAACAUCGAGAGAUUAAUCUUUCAGGAAAUCAUGAAGACAAUAUUUCAAUUAAAGAAAAACCAUCAACAUCACCAUUAUCGAAGGAUAUUAAUAAUAACAACGAUGACAAGGACAAUGAUUAUAAAAAGAAAAAUGAAAAGUUAAUUGAUCGAGUUCAUCAACUUGAAAUAAAAAAUGUUAUACUUUCGAUUGAACUGGGUUUUCUCAAAGAUGAUGUACGAAUGCUGAAAGAAAUUAUCAAUACUGCGACAACAAAUGAAUAUAAUAAAAUCAUUGAUGUAUCUUCAAAUCAUCAGCAGCAGAAACACAAAGAAUCCAAUAACAAAACAAUAAUAACACUACCAAAAAUUAACGAAUUUACAGAAAUUCCAACAGAACUAAUAACAAACAAAACAUCAACUACUAUUGCUGACGUCGAACAUCAGCAUCAUUAUUGA